UGUCGCGCCCGCCCGCGCCGUGCUCUUUCCCCCUUUCCCCUCCACCCCCUGCCAUACGGAGUCCACCCUCAGCCGUAACGUUGCUUCUGUGGCGUCGAUUCGACGGUUUGUCCUCCCCCCCCCCCCCCCCCCACUCCGUCCAGCUCCUCCUCUUCCACCACGCUAAACAGAGCCACAGUUGGGGCCUCGGCUACCGGCUACCUCAGACAUCUUCCCUCACCUCACGGGCACUGGGACCUGGCGAGGCAAAGGGGAGAAGUUACCGUUGGAGGAGAUCUGAUUCCAGAGGGCUGCAGUGGUCAGGACGCAUAGGUUGCAGGAUGCCUACAAGGAAAGAGAAGCAAAUGGCAAAGAAUAUAUUAAGGGAACAUUAAAGAUCUACAGAUUCAGAUUCAAUGGCUAUUGCAACACUUGACACCCGUGUUUCCAAUUAUCAUGGGCUUUCUGGAAUUCAGUCUGCGAAGCAUUCUCAAAGAGUAAUGAUUUACUUGUAAGCGUCAAUCAUCUCUAUCAGUUGCAAUAAUGGCCAGCAAAAGAAAAUCCACAACACCCUGUAUGAUACCGACAAAAACAGUGGCACUGCAGGAGUCUCAGCCAGCUGCUGUUGGAGCUGAUCGUGAAGGAUUUCAGCUGUCUGUUACUCUUGCUGCUGCUUCACCAGUUACUGAAACUAUUAGCAGUAAUCCCAACACUGGAACAUUGUCCAAUGGACAUAGAGGUAUUUUGGAUGGUGAUACUUACAGAUGUAGGUAUUGUGAUUUUGGCUGUCAAGAUGUUAGUCAGUUUCUUGGGCACUUGGAUUCUGAGCACAUAGACUUUAGCAAAGACCCCUCCUUUGUGUGUGUGCAGUGCAGUCUCCUAGUGAAGAGCCACAAAGAGCUUUCUUGUCACAAUGCAGAGAGCCAUGCUGGGGAAGCCAACUUAAUCUGCAAUGUUGCAAAACAAGGCAAUCACGUGAUUGUGGAGCAAACCAUUGGGGAUGCCACUUCCACUAGCCAAGUCUUUUCAGGGGAUCUUCCAGAAGAAGGCCAAGACAGUCAAGCUGAAAUUAUCAUUACCAAAACGCCCAUUAUGAAAAUAAUGAAAACAAAACCUGAAGUGAAAAAAAUUCACACGCUGAAAGAAAACGUGUCUAGUCAACCAGUCAACGAUCCAGAGAAAAAAGGAAGUGAACAGCCAUUCACCAAUGGACCUGCACCAGCAAGUCAGUCAAAUACAGCGAAUCACUCAAAUACAGCAAGUCAGUCAAAUACAGCGGGUCAGUCAAAUACAGUCAAACCAACACCUGUUGUCAAUGGCUCGAUAGUAGGAAGUUUGCCUGUUUUGCAAGCAGGCAUUACCCAACUUGUGCAACUGCAGCAGCAACCACAGGUUCAGCAGCAACUACCCACAUCAAAAUCCCUUCCCAAAGUAAUGAUUCCUUUGAGCAGUAUUCCAACAUACAAUGCUGCAAUGGACUCCAACAGCUUUCUGAAAAACUCUUUCCAUAAGUUCCCUUACCCUACCAAAGCUGAGCUUUGCUACUUGACAGUGGUGACCAAGUACCCAGAAGAGCAGCUGAAAAUCUGGUUCACAGCCCAGAGAUUGAAACAGGGUAUCAGUUGGUCACCUGAGGAGAUUGAAGAUGCGCGGAAGAAAAUGUUCAACACUGUUAUUCAGUCCGUACCCCAACCCACCAUUACAGUGUUGAAUACACCUCUGGUUGCAAGCCCUAACAGUGUUCAGCAUCUCAUUCAGGCCAGUUUGCCUGGCCACACCGUCAGCAAACCUGAAGGAGCUGGUGGUGUGCUGGUUACCCAGCCCAUAAUAACUAAUGGACUUCAGAGUACAACUUCAUCUCUCACAAUAGCAGUAACCUCAGUUCCAAAGACCCAGAUAGCCAAGCAACCUCCUGCGGUGUCAGUUUCUAGUCCUGCAUCAGCUGUGAAAGCUGUCAGUGCCUCUCAGACACAGCCCACGGUUUGCCCAAGCAUAUCUUCACAGGAAUUCCUAGACCCUAACAUAUACAAAAAUAAGAAGUCUUUUGAACAGCUGUCUGCACUAAAGACUAGUUUCUGUAAGAAUCAGUUCCCUGGCCAUGCUGAAGUUGAGCGACUGACAAAAAUCACAGGCCUUAGUACAAAGGAUGUUCGAAAAUGGUUUAGUGAUAGGCGGUACCAUUGCAGAAAUAUAAAAGGCAGCAGAGCUGUAUAUGCUGGAGAUGAUACAAUAAUCAUAGACUCAGUGCCUGAAAUUACCUUCACCUCAUCUCCCAAAACAGCCUCAGAAUUACCAUCUGCAGCAGCAGCAGUGCCUGUAACUCAUACCCCAACCCGUCGGCAGUCCUGGCAUCAGGCCCCUGAUUUCUCUAUUACAAAAUACAAGGAGAGGGCUCCUGAACAACUGAAAGCCCUGGAAGGCAGCUUUGCACAGGAUCCUUUUCCUUCAGAGGAGGAGGUAGACCGUUUGAGGAGUGAAACGAAAAUGACAAGGAGAGAGAUUGACAGCUGGUUUUCAGAGCAGAGGAAAAGACAACCAGUCAAAGAAACAGCCCAGCAGGUAGAGAACGAGGCUGAAGAGGACUCAGCGGAAGAAGAAGACUCCUCGGAUGAUUUGAGAGCUUCAAAUGAAAAUGGUUCAUUGGAUGCAGCCAGUAGUGCCCAGGCAUCAGGUGAGCGCAAAGUGACUCCUAUAAAAAUCAAUCUGAAGAAUCUCAAAGUGACUGAGUCAAACGGCAAAAGUGAAUUGUUGGCCUCAAGUGUAGACAAUCAAAGAGAGAGUUCUCCUAGCAAGCCUGCUGCACCCCAGAAACCUAAACAAAGCCUUAAAAAAACAGCGCAACAAAGGCAUUUGCUUAAACAACUCUUCGUGCAGACCCAACGGCCUACAAAUGAACAAUAUGACAAAUUGUGCUCUGAGUCAGGUCUUCCCAGAGGUGAAGUAAUUCGUUGGUUUGGAGAUAGCCGCUAUGGUUUAAAAAAUGGAAAUCUGAGAUGGUAUGAGAACUACAAGCAAGGCAUCUUUCCUAAAGGCUUAGGCGACCCUAGUGAUGCCAAAGUGGAGAUCCUCCAGGACUAUUUUCAAAAGAACAAGAUGCUCUAUGAAGACAGUCUCCCAGGUUUGUGUGAGAGAACUCAGAUGACUGCCGCACAGGUUAGGCUGUGGUUUGCUGAAAGGCUGGAUGAAGAAAACAAGCCAAUUUCAGAUACUGGCAGUGAGGAUCAGUGCUCAAGCGUUGGUGAGCCAACCACCAGUCACAAAGGAGCAUCUGAUGCCUUCUCUGAGGCUUCUGAGAACAGUGAAUCCUGGGAGCCUGGAGGUCAGGAAGGCAGUUCAGAACUUGCAGAUGGUCCUCUGCCCACAGGACAUCUUGAAACUGACAGAACCAAUGCUGCCUCCCCUUGAAGGAUCUGCUGUUAAAUUUGUGAAGACUCAGCAGCGGUGGGGCUGGCUGGAAUCUGUGUAGAAGGACCUGUGGAAACACUGCCACAAUGCCAAGAUCAUCUUUUUGCAAAGCACAUUUUGGGAGAGAGCAAGACCUUUAGAAUCUAGCAUAGGAGCAGAGCCCAACAUAUUACCCGCAGGAUCCUUUUCUCUCCCGUCUGGUAUAGGACCUUCUGUGUUAUUCUCCACUGGACUUUCCUCUGCCGCCUUCAAAUUUCAUAUCCAUAAGAAUCAACUUUUUGAAAUUACCAACCGGCUUUCAGAAGGAUCAUGAAACUUGGGCAUUGUGUUAAACAUUCUCUUUUCAUAGACGAA